AAUGACUUCAAAAAAGCAGCAAUCUGUGGACAGUGAAGAUAUUAUGACAGAUGCAGAUUUUGAGAAAGCAAUGGCUGCAUUACAAGAGGAGGGGGAUGAAGAAGUUAACGAAUUAAUUGUGGCAAUGAGUGAAAAUCGAAUAAUUAGUUGGGAUGAAGCAGAAAGAAUAUUAGGAGAAACGAGUAAUGAACCAAUUAAAUCAAGUUUACCCCAACAAACAAGGCCUACAGAGCCUGAUAAUGACACAGAUGUGGAAGUGUGUAUGCAAAAAUUAUUUAAGAAUGAUCCGAAAUUAAUUGAAAUUAAUUUGAAUAAUAUGAAGGUGAUUUUUAAUUUAAAUUUAUUUUUAAAAUUUUUAUUUAUUAAUUUAAAUUGA